AUGGAGAAGGGACAGGUCGUAGCCUGUGGCACCGGCCUGUCGACGAAGAUCGGCACGGUCGUGUACUUCGACCGCAAGAAGCAACUGGUGCAAGUCAAGUGGAUGCUAGGGUCGGGCGCGGACUCGAACGACUUCUCCGAGCACAGCGUCGGAAAGCAGUCGAAAGGGAAACGCCUCCGCGUCGCCACACCCGUCGACCAUAGCGCGUUCCGCGAGGCACACUACUGGCGUCCGCGCCGCUCGCCGCGCGGGUCCGCACCAGCGGUGGCCGGCGAGGCGGCUGGCGAGGCGGCUGGCGAGGCGCCUUUCGGCCGUCCCGCAAAGGGCGUCGCGUCGGCGGGCUGCACCCACCCGCCGUCCCGAGGCCACGCGCCAGCCGAAGAGUGCGACGAUCCCGAGCGCAGCGCGGCCAAGCGCCACAAGCUCGUCACGAAGCCGUGCCAGCUGGGCUCGCCCUCUGGAGCGGCCAAGUCAAAGCCGCGUGCGGCGGCAUUGGGCGACAGCAAGCGGCGGCACGAGCUCGAGGAGGAGGAGGAGGAGGAGAAGGAGGACGUUGAGAUGAGCGAGGCGGAGAGCGGCGACAACGUCGUCGGCAAGGAGCUCUCGAUCGAGCAGGAGGGGGGCGGCCGCCGCGUGGCCACCGUCGUGGCGCACUACCCGAGCACCGGCCACCACCGCGUGCGCUACGCUGACGGCAGCGGCGGCGCCGAGGACAGGGUGCUGCUCAAGGAGGUCAAGUGGGACUACCACCGCAAGCAGGACUCGGACUCGCCCCCGGCGGGCCUGCUCGAGGCGGCGUGCUCGGGCGCAUCGAAGAACGCGCCGCCGCAGAGGUCGAGCAAGGGCACGGCGCGCAAGAGCGCUGGCAAGGAGCCCGAGCGGCGCAAGGGGCUCGUGCACCCCCUUUCCUCCCCACAUUCCCGCCCCAAACGCUGUCCGUAUCUCCCCUUCUUCACACGAGGGCCUCCUCUCCCCGCCCCGGCCCCGGCACCUCCGCCACCACCGCCUGCCCGGCCGUCGUCGGCCGGUACGACGGUGGUUGUGGGGACGGGGCAGGACGCGACGGAGGUGAUCGCGCGCUACAAAGACGGCUACUUUUACCUCGGCACCGUCAUCGCCGUGAAGAGGAGCGAUUCGGCCGGCGGCCCGGCGGGCGGGGGCGGGAGAGGCGAGGGCGCGCCUCGGUGCAUUGGUCGGGGGAGGGGCGGCUCCGCGUCACGCCCUCGGCUCCGUUCCCUAGGCAACUCCUUCCUCGUGGCGUGGAGCGACGGCGAAGACCCCUCGUGGGUGGAGGCGCACAACGUGGCGCUCGUCUCGCGCGUGCCUCCGCUCUGCGAGAUGGCGAGCGGCACGCGGGUGCUCGCCUUGUGGCAGGGCUCGUUCACUGUGGAGGACAACGACUCGGAGGAGGAGGAGGAGGCCUGGUUCGAGGCCGAGGUGGUCGGAGAAGGGCGCGGCGCGGAGGAGCGCUCGCUGCGCUGGACCGAAGGAGGCGCGCCAGAAGAGGGCGACCCCGCCCCUCCGGCGCGAGCAGCCUCGGAGUUUCGGCUGUCAGGCGAGCUCUUCGAGGCGCCGCCCGAGGCGAUCCGCACCUUUGUCUCGUCCAUCCCAGCGCCGUUCGAGCUGCAACAGUGCUCGGCCGCCCCCGAGGCGACGCAGCGCAAGGCGGCGGCGGCGGCAGAGCGCAAGGCGUCAGAGGCGGCGGCAUGUGCGUACGAAGCCUCCGAGGCGGACCGGGCCGCGCUCGUCCGGGAGUUCGUGGAGCGAGUGCAGCAGCUGGGCGUCGCCGGAGCCGCCGGGCAUCUCGAGAUCGUCGUUACCGCCGACACGCAGCAGGGCGCUGCCAAAGGCCGUCGCGAUCCCAUCCUGGCGCACGGCGCGGUGCCGCAAGAGCUGCCGCUCAAAGACUUCGCGCAGCUGCCGGAAGUGAGCGAUGCCAUGGCCCGCCUCGAGCCAGAGGACGCGAUGCAGGUCGUCGUGUACGCCGCAUCGUGUGGCGACCUCCUGUCGCGCAACGGCACCGGCUGCGGCACCUUCUACUUGCUGCCGCCGGAUGUGGCACGGGACUGCGGCGGCUCGCUAGUGUCGGGGGGCGAGCACGUGUGGCUGACUGAGGCCAGGCUCGCCGCUGUCCGCGGUGCUGAUCCACGCCUGGCGGAGGCGCUGCUCCGCUUCCGCAACGUCAUCGACGACGCCAUGCUGGCGGGCGGCGACUCCAAGGCGGACCUGAAGAUGCACGUCAAGGUCGAGCACGCGAAGUGCGACCACCGCCUCCAGUGCCUCUGCAGCAGCAACCCCAGCAACGCGGUGUGCCAGCCUUGCCCCGGCUCCGACGCCUCGGAUGCCACGUUCGAGCUGCACCGGGACGCCGCUUGCCCUGAGGAGCGCGACCGGUGGGUCGCCGCGUGGCAGCGGACGCUGGUGAGCGGCCUCGCGCACGCGCUCUUCGAGCUGCUCGCCACUCGCUGCCCGUACUCGCCCCGCGCCUCGUUCUUCAUUUCGGGGGGCAACCAGACCGCCGAGCAACGCGCACGCACUGAGGCGCUGUACGCCGAGGCGCAGCUCGAGGCCAAGCACGAGUCAAAGGAGACGAAGAGAAAAUUCCUCAACAAUCACGUCGAGGGCCUGGCGAAGGCCGAGGCGCACGGGCUGGGGCGUCCUGGUCUGCUGCCGGCGUGGCAGCACGGCAAGGGCGGCUCGCUCAGCCGGCAGCAGCUGGUGACAGCUGCCUGCGCCAGCAUCUCACCCGCCAAUCUCUCGACAACGCCGAUGCUGAGGGCGGAUGCAGCAGCGGCGGCGGACAUCGAUGGCGAUGUGCCGAUGGCCGAGGCGCAGGAGGACGACGAGGAGCAGGGGGGCGAGGAGGAGGGGGGGGAGGGCGAGGAGGAGGAGGAGGAGGAGGGUGGCGGUGACGGUGUGAUGGGUGAGGCGCGCCGCCUGCUGCACGGGCGGGCGAGCGUCCCCCUCAAGUCCGGCGGCAAGCUGCUCCUGCGGCAGUUCGGUUCUUUGCCGGGUCGAAUGCAGAAGAAGUUCCUGAUGGACCCGGUCUUCACCAAGGCCUCUCAGCGCACGUUUUUCGUCUUCAAGUUUACCUGGCGUGGGUGCCCGCCGGAGCGGCGCCUUUCACGACGGGAGGAGGGCUCGGCGGUGGCGGAGACGGUGGCGGCGGCGAGGGUGGGGGCGGAGAGGGCUGAGGCGAGGGGGGCGGCGGGCUCGGAGGAGGCGGCGUGGGCGCACGCGCUCUUCGAGCUGCUCUCCACUCGCUGCCCGCACUCGCCCAGCGCCUCGUUCUUCAUUUCGGGGGACGACCAGACCGCCGAGCAACGCGCCCGCACCCAGGCGCUGUACGCCGAGGCGCUGCUCGAGGACAAGCACGAGUCAAAGGUGACGAAGCUCAACCACAUCAACAAGUACGUCGAGGGCCUGGCGAACGCCGAGGCGCGCGAAAACGGGCGGCAACUUCCGCUGCCGGCGUGGCACCGCGGCGCGGGCGGCUCGCUUGGCAAGCACAAACUGGUGUGGCAGGAGGGGAAGCGCACCGUCGUGCUCGCGGCCGUGCCCAAGGCCCAGCUGAGCCUCCCCUCCGGCUGCACGCGGCGCGAUCACCCAUGGUACUACGGCAUCGCGUCGAUGCUCAUCGAGGUCGCCGCCCUCCUCGACCUCGUGCCUCUUCCCAACGUUCCCUCGGCGGCCAAUGGCGAUGCCGUCUGCUCCGGGUAA